UCAUAUAUCGCUAAAAUUCGACAUUCUCUUAUCGCUUUUUUGCCCUUUUCUCCCCCAUGGAAAAUUUCUUUGUAUGGAUGGAACUGCGUGAUUCCAAUUUGGUGGUGUCGCCCGAAUCUUCCACUUUUCAUUCUAUUUAUUCGACCAAAACGCAGGCACUAACCCAUGCUGCAAUCGCAACCUUGAGCUGUUGUUGGAUCUUUGUGCUGUAUAUUGUGUGAUCCGGUUUCACGACUUCUACCUGAUUUGCUAUGGGUUACCGCAGCAAUGAUAUUGAUGAGAGUAAUCAGCAGAAUGAUCUCGGUGCCAUUGCACGCAACGGAAGAGAAAUUCUUUUUCAGGCAUUUAAUUGGGAGUCUCAUAAGUAUGAUUGGUGGAGAAAUUUGGAAAGGAAAGUUCCUGAUAUCGCGAAAUCUGGAUUUACUUCAGCAUGGUUGCCACCAGCAAGUCAUUCCUUCGCACCUGAAGGUUACCUUCCGCAGAACCUUUAUUCCCUCAAUUCUUCGUAUGGUUCGGAGCACCUGUUGAAAGCAUUGCUUCAAAAAUUGAAGCAACACAAAGUUAGAGCAAUGGCUGACAUAGUCAUCAAUCAUCGAGUUGGAACUACUCAAGGGCAUGGGGGAAUGUAUAACCGUUAUGAUGGAAUCCCUUUAUCAUGGGACGAACAUGCUGUCACAUCUUGUACUGGUGGAUUGGGUAAUAGAAGCACUGGGGACAACUUCCAUGGGGUUCCAAACAUUGAUCAUAGCCAGCAAUUUGUUCGGAAAGAUAUUACUGCAUGGCUCCGGUGGCUACGGAAUAGUGUUGGCUUUCAGGAUUUUCGUUUUGAUUUCGUAAGAGGCUAUUCAGCAAAAUAUGUGAAAGAAUAUAUUGAAGGAGCUAAGCCAAUGUUUGCUGUGGGGGAGUCCUGGGAUUCGUGCAACUACAAUGGUCAUGGUUUGGACUACAACCAAGAUAGCCACAGACAGCGGAUAAUCAAUUGGAUUGAUGGCACUGGACAGCUUUCAACUGCGUUUGACUUCACAACAAAGGGAAUUCUUCAGGAAGCGGUUAAGGGACAAUUCUGGCGCCUUAGGGAUCCUCAAGGGAAACCUCCAGGUGUCAUGGGAUGGUGGCCUUCAAGAGCUGUAACAUUCAUUGAUAACCAUGAUACAGGCUCAACCCAGGCUCAUUGGCCCUUCCCUUCAUAUCACAUCAUGGAGGAGAUUCAACAGUUAGCUAGGGAACUUCUGGAUAGAUUCGUAGCUACAGUAGACGACUGUACCCGAGUCCUCUAUUUUAGUACUUCAUUGGCAGAGGGCUAUGCAUAUAUUCUCACGCAUCCAGGGAUACCAACUGUGUUUUAUGACCAUUUCUACGACUGGGGCAAUUCCAUCCAUGACCAGAUCGUGAAACUGAUGGACAUUCGAAAGCGUCAAGACAUUCACAGCCGAUCAUCUAUUAGAAUUCUGGAGGCACAGGCGAAUCUCUACUCUGCAAUCAUUGGGGAGAACGUGUGCAUGAAGAUUGGUGAUGGGUCAUGGUGUCCAACUGGCAGAGAGUGGUCAUUGGCAACUUGUGGCCAUAGAUAUGCAGUAUGGCAGAAGUAAAGCCUCUAAAGCAAUUUUAUCCGUUACCCAUAUCUAUUUUGGGAUUGGCCUCGGGGGCUUGGGCUUUUCCCUUUAGCCAUAGUAUUACAAAUUUACUUGGAGAAUCAUACGUUGUACUGGGUUUUCAUUUACCGUCUCUAAUGCUUAAUAAUAUCAAAUAUUUCUAUAA